UUUGGUCCAAUCCAACAUUGAAUAACUGCAAGCCAACAAGAAGUAGAGAAAGAGGGGUUUACCCAACCCACAUACUCCUCCAUGUCCCUCAACCAUACCCACCAACGUUACUUACUCUUUUCUAUGUAUUAGAGUACACUUUAUUGGAGCUUUAAAACCCUGUCUCUACGUACUCUCUAAUAUUCAAGAAUAAGAUACCAACUGUCAUCAAAAUCUGAAACAGUGUAACAACAAUAAGCUGUUCUGUUAUCUUAUUUCUUUCUAUCCAUGGCCACUACUACUGUUCAUGAUGAUUGUGAAGUUGGUUUUGAAGAAGGAAUGCUCUGCUUACCCUCUUAUGUUCUAGAAGAGGUAUGCAUGAGGAACCACCACCAAAAGGUUCUAAACCAUCAUGUAAUGCAUCAACAUCUUCAAUAUCACAAAUCAUCAUCUAAACAAUCACAAUUACAGUACUCAAAAUCUUCCUACCAAAGGCCAAAACAUGCCAACUGUGGCAUUGGAAAUGGAAUGCGAGCUAUUUUUCUAGGAUCAGGGCAUGUAUCCUGUGGUACUGGUGUAUUUUUACCUCAAAGAGCAGACACAAAAUUCCAACAAAGCAAUAGGCCAGCUUGCGCACCUGUCCUCCUUCCGGCCCGAGUUAUUCAAGCUCUAAAUAUUAAUGUGCAUACAUUGGGUGUGCAGAUAUCACCCCUGCAACCGCAAGUUCAAAAAUAUAAACCAAGAUGCAGAGAAGCAUACAAAAAUAAUUCAACAGAAAAGAAAAAAGAUCAGAAAGAUUCAUCUAAACAAUGUAAUUUUAUAUCUCAGAAUCAAUAUUCUGCUCAAGGGAUAUUUCUCCCAAAGGAAUGGACUUACUAGUUAGAUCUUCAUUUUGAAUAAGAGAACAACUAAAUUUGAUGUUGGCACGAA